AUCCACAGCUUAUUUUAACAAUGGUGGCAGGGCUAUUCUCUCAAUUCUCCUUAUUAACAUGGAAAAAUGUUCUGCUUCAGAGACGUAAGAUAUGUGUGACGGUAUUUGAAAUUAUUCUCCCACUGGUUUUCCCGUUAGUUCUGAUAAUGAUCAGAAACCUUGCGGACUUUCAACCAAGAACCAUGAACGCCACAACGUACGACGAGAAAAGCAUCUACAGUUGUUAUAUGAGUAGAGUUUUCUAUGUCCCAAAUACAACCGUGAUUGAGAACCUCAUGAAUAACACAAGACAAAUUAUAGUAGAAAAAUACAGAUAUGGAUCUUUUCCCCUGAAAGGAUUUGCAAAUGAAAAGGACAUGAUGAAUUAUAUAAAACGGUCUCACAAGCCCGGUGAUUACAAUUACUACUGGGAGACGGGAAUUGUAUUUGAUCCGCACCCGUCCUACGUGUCGGAUCUUCCAGAAGACAUUACGUACACUAUACGUACGAGAGGACUAUGGGACACAAAGGAUCAAUACGCUGACAAAUCAUUUAAUCCUGGACCUGCAUGGGACGGUGAAUACCAAAAUGGCUUUCUUUGUCUAAAAUAUAGUCUAGAUACUGCUAUUAUGGAAUAUAUCAAUUCCUCUAUCAGUAUACCGGAUAUUAUGAUUCAACGAAUGCCGUAUCCACCAUAUACAAGAAACCCUUUGGCGGAUUUCAUCAGAAUCACCUUUGCCAUCACCACUGUCGUUGGUCUUAUUCUAUCUGCACUCCAACUGACGAAGGAAAUCGUCCAUGAUCGAGAAAAGAAACUGAAAGAAACAAUGAGGAUGAUGGGACUGAGUUCCUUUGUUUACUGGUUCUCCUGGUUUUUUAAAGGAUUUAUCUAUCUGAUCAUCACCUUCGCCAUCACUGUUCUCAUCUUUCAGGCUGGACCCAACAAGAUGUUCCAAUUCUCUGACUCCUCUUUACUUUUCUUCUUCUAUCUGUCCUACGCUGUAUCUGUCGUGUCCUACUGCUUUUUGUUCAGCACAUUUUUUAACAAAGCAAACACUGCCUCUUAUUUUGCCGGAUUUUUCUUCUUUGUUACAAUCAUACCAAAUUUUGCGCUGGAUUCAAAGUUUUCGGACAUGACGAAGCCCCAGAAGAUGGCAAUAUGUCUAUUAAACAAUAUGGCUAUGGCAUUUGGCUUUACAUCGGCAUCAGAAUAUGAAACAAAAGGUACGGGGGUUAAUUGGAAUACUUUCACCAAACCCCCGACGGUGGACGGAGAUUUCGCCUUCGGUGACGCCAUCUUGAUGCUCUGGGUAGAUAGUGCCAUCUAUCUUUUGAUCACGUGGUACAUAGACGGCGUCAGACCUGGAGAAUACGGAGUUCCACAACCAUUUUAUUUUCCAUUUACGAAAACUUACUGGUUUGGGGGUAAGCAGAUUCCCAAGACAUCACACGAAGAUGUUGAUCAGAAUCCAAAAUAUUUUGAGAAAGAGCCAUCAGGUCGAAAAAUUGGAAUAAGCAUGAGGCAUUUACGAAAGGUGUACACAACUGGUAUUAAAGAAACUGUUGCUGUCAAGGAUAUGUCUCUUGAUAUAUUUCAAGGACAGAUAACUGCCUUGCUUGGACAUAAUGGCGCAGGAAAAACAACAGCGAUGUCAAUGUUAACAGGAUUUAUUCCAUCAACUUCCGGUUCUGCUAGAGUUAACGGAUAUGACAUAAAUGAUGACAUCAUUAGUGUGCGGGGAAGUCUUGGAAUGUGUCCUCAGCAUGAUAUUUUAUUUGACACGCUUACUGUGAAGGAACAUCUAGAAUUUUAUUACAAACUCAAAGGAUGCAAUAAAUCCAAAAUGAAAGAAGAUAUCACGAACACACUACGCAUUUUCAAGAUUGAGGGGAAACAGAAUGAUCUUGCAAGAAACUUAUCUGGAGGACAAAGAAGGAAAUUAUCGGUAGCCAUAUCAUUGGUUGGAGGCUCAAAGGUAAUCAUAUUAGACGAACCUACCUCAGGCAUGGAUCCCGGUGCACGGCGCCAAUUGUGGGAUAUCCUUCAGAAAUUUAAAGAGGACCGAACUAUUGUUCUGUCUACGCAUUUCAUGGAUGAAGCUGAUGUUCUUGGUGACCGUAUUGCCAUCAUGGCCGACGGAGUUGUCAAGUGCUGUGGUUCUUCAUUGUUCCUUAAAAAGCUUUAUGGAGCCGGAUAUCACUUAGUGAUGGUCAAAGAACCAAGUUGCGAUGCGACCAAAUUAUUAGAAACAAUAAGAAGCCGUAUUUCAGAAGAGUUACCGUCCUUUGCAAAUCUUGAGGAAAGCAGUGGUUGGGGACAACGGAAAGUAUUUUUGAAAGUGAAAGAAAAUACAGAAGUUAACACGACCUAUAAAGAAGAGAUUACGGACGAAAAGCAUGCCCUUCUCCAGGCUCCUGGGGGAUCGUCCCCUCGGUCAUACACCACAGAAAUAAGUGAUGUGCUGGAUUUUAACAUGGGACUCGAAAAGAACACUGGAAGUACAGCCAUAUUCCAACAAUUUCUGGGAUUAUUGAUGAAGAAAGCAUUACAUACCUGGCGAAGCCGAUUUAUGAUGAUAAUUCAACUUGCUGUUCCUAUAUUACUGACAGUAUUAGGACUUUUGGGUGAUCAUUUGCUGAACAAUCUAACGCAGCAAUCGCAGCCUCCUUUAAAAUUAGAUUUAGAACCUUUUCCAAAUGCCCUAACCACUGUGACUCAAGGACCAAACUCCACAUCCUUUUCAGAACAUAUGACAGAAGAGUAUGAGAACUAUUUCAGAAAACUGGGUCUAGAGGUUGUGAAGUAUGAACCCAGGUCUCCUUCAGAGUUUAACAUUAACAAAUUUUGGCUGGAUCAUAAUCAGCGGAUUGGGCAAAGACCUUUUAAUUCGCGAUAUGUCAUUGGAUUUGGAUUGAAUAGAAGCCACAUUAUUAGUUACUAUAACGGUGAAGAUCGUCAUGCAAUUGGAAUUAGUUUGUCCUACACGAUAGAUUUUCUUUUUAAAUUCUACUAUGGUCAUUCUAGAAGCAUACAGACUAUAAAUCACCCAUUUCCACCUAUGGAGGAUAACUAUUAUUCAGACCAGGGAUCAGGUUUGGCAUCUUUUAAAGGUCUCACCAUUGCUUUGUGUGUUUUAUUUGGUUUGUCCUGUUUAGUAGCUUCCUUUGGCGUGUUUCAUAUCAAAGAGAAGUCCUCUGGGGCCAAACAUUUACAAAAGGUCAGUGGGGUCGGCUCCACCGUCUUCUGCUCGGCCAAUUUUACAUGGGAUUUCAUCCAUUACCUGAUUCCAAUAUUUCUUAUCCUGCUUUGUUUUACUGGGUUCAAAAUUCCACCAUAUACAGAAGAAAAUAGACUGGGAAUUGUGUUCCUGAGUCUGUUCCUGUUUGGUUUAGCUUCAAUUGCAUGGACCUAUCUCUUACAUUUCAUCUUCCGAUCGCCUGCAGGUGGAACAGUAGCUAUGAUAAUAAUCAACACGGUAGCAGGUUUGUUUACCUUGCUGAUGGUCACAUUCCUGCAUCUAAGUCCAGAGACCAAAAGUGCUUCCGACGCGAUGGAUAAAGUCUUCAUGAUAAUUUUGCCUCAUUUCUGCUUGGGCAAAACAUUUACGAAUAUCUAUGUGCGAUACGAUCUUCGAUUACAAUGCCAUAAAGAUUUAAAUCAAAAUAUUACACAAACCUUCUUGACUAAAGAAGAAAUGUGUCCAAAUGACAAUUAUUUGGAGUGGGACUACCCAGGAUGUGGUCGAUACCUGUUGAUGAUGUCAAUACAGUGGGUUGCUUUUAUGACUUUAGUGUUUCUCUUGGACAGCGGAGUAAUACAGCGUUUUGUCUACCGAACUCUGUGUAGUCCAAACGGCGGAGCUACAGACUCGGAUAAUGAUCCCAGCAUUAAUCCGGAUUCGGACGUUUUAGAAGAAGCAAUGAGAAUACACUUAACUCAAAUAGGCGACCUGAUGACAACUGAUAAACUUAUAAUCAAAAACCUAAAGAAAACAUAUGGCGUCGUCGAACAUUUUCAUGCAGUAAAGGGAAUAAGCGUAGGAAUUUCUGAACAAGAAUGCUUUGGAUUGUUGGGUCAAAAUGGCGCUGGGAAAACGACAACAUUUAAGAUGCUGACAGGCGAUGUAAUGAGCUGUAGUGGGCAUGCGUACAUCAAUAGUUUAAGUGUUGAUAGUCAGAUUCAGCAGGUCCAUCGUUGUCUUGGAUACUGCCCCCAGUUUGACGCAUUGAUUGACACUUUAACAGGAAGGGAGAUUUUAAGACUUUACGCCAGAAUGAGGGGGAUUAACGAGAAGGAGAUCAGUCGCGUCAUUAAUGACCUAUUGGACGCAGUGACGCUCACAAAAUAUGCAGACAAACUGUGUGGGACAUACAGUGGUGGAAACAAAAGGAAAUUGAGUACUGCCAUUGCAUUGAUUGGAGAUCCUCCAAUCCUGAUGCUGGAUGAACCGACGACGGGCGUGGAUCCAGCCGCGCGAAGGCAAAUGUGGAAUGUACUUUCUAAGGUCCGAGCCAGUGGAAGAACGCUUGUUUUAACGUCUCACAGCAUGGAGGAGUGUGAUGCCCUUUGUACCAAAAUAGUCAUCAUGGUCAACGGAAGAUUCGUGUGUUUUGGGAGUCCCCAACAUUUAAAAAACAAAUUUGCGCAAGGUUACACCUUGACAGUGAGACUAGCACGUGACAAUAACGGAAACGCAGUGGAUUCUGGUCCGUUAUGUAAUCAUAUAAGUAGAGAGUUUCCAGGAACCGAAGUUUUCGAUGAUCAACAAGGCUAUCUCGAUAUUCACAUUCCACAUCAAAAAUUAUCAUUAGCAAAACUUUUCAAAGAAAUGGAGAAAACAAAAUCUGAAUAUAAUGUAGAAGAUUAUUCAGUACAUCAGACGUCCCUGGAGCAGGUGUUUCUUGGGUUCACGAGGAUGCAGGUGCCCCCGGUGGACAGAAAGAGGGCGUGCCCUUGUUGUUUCUGUUGUAGGUCGAAACCAGCUUCAUAAAGCGAAGGCGUAGGCCUCCCGGGUGACAGAACUUUGAUAUCCAUCUUCUGAUUUAUAUGCAUUUAAGUAUCUAUACUCAAAAAGUGAAAAGAUCUAGAUCUUCAUAUUUUUUUCUUUUUUGGAAAUAUAUAUGAGCUCAUUGUAGAUAGUUG